ACCCCAAAAACAAUUUGACGAACAUUCGCAUUCGCUAUAAAUAAUCGGUUUCUCUCGCUCUUGUCGUCUGCAGUGCGGAUUUCGGCUCUAUACUUUCUCUCAGAAGCCGGAACUGAAACAAAACUCCGUUGCGAACAAACUCUCUGCUCGUGAUUUGUGAAUUUCGGUAACGGAUGCAAGAAUCCGGUCAUCCGGCAGGCUUAAGCGAAGGAGGAUCAGAGACCCAGAAGGUCAUGGGGAUUGAAAGUUUCUGCCUGUUUAUUGGGACGAUUUAGUGCGAAUCGAUUCGAGGAUUUUAGGGUAUUAUUCCAGACUUUGUUAGUAAUAAUUUCAACUAAUUAGUUAAAGAUGCAAUGUCGAAGGCGUGAUGAUUACUAUGUUAGAGAGUCGGAAAGUAUGAAACUACACGCUCAGGAUCGGCUUCAUCUGGAUCAUGAUCGAUAUGGGAAGACCCGUCGAGAGGCACUGGAUCGGUCUCCGCGUCUAAGGAGGAGUUUGAGCCCUCACAGAGUUGGUGCUUCCCGACGCGAAGUGGGUUUGGGUCAGAGGGUCGACACCAUUGAAAGGAGGGACGAGGAUUGGCAUCUCAGAACUGGAAGGAACAAUAACGUCGACUCAAGGUCACAUUCUUAUGGCCAGGCGAGGAAAAAACCUAACUUUGAGGAACUGUACCAUCAGAAUGAUCACAGGCAGCUUUCGGAUUUGCAGCAGACGCGUGUGGUACCUGAGCCAAGGAAAUUUCAUGCUGGUGAUGAAGUUUUAGAUUAUGAGCAUGACCUUCGGUAUAGGCAUGAUGAUUUGAGAAUUAGGAAAGAUAAAGAAACUAUUGAAGGGAGAUGGUCGGUUGGCAGUGGACAAAGGAUGACGGAUCAAAAACUUUUGGCUAUGGAAGAGAGCACGGCAAUGGGAUCAUAUAGUUCAUCUUUGAAUAUGGGUUCCACGUCAAUUUACAAAGACUUCUUACCAUCUUCUCAGAGUUUGGAUGUGCGAAGUCUUGAUGAUGAAAGACUUAAAUUUCGAAGUCAUGUAGUUUCAGAUAAAUCACAAGUCACAGAGUCCCAUGAAGUUGAAGAAAGCCGUAGGUUUAGUUCAAGGAAUAUUGGAUAUUUGGCAAGCUCGGGAUUUUAUUCCAAAGAAUAUGAAAGAUCUUCGUCAGGGCCAUUUACAAGCAAGUCUUUGGAAUCUUAUCAGGAUGGCCAGUACUUUGAGGUUUCGGAUGAUUUUCCAACAAGGAGCCAUGGAGACCUUAUGGACCGUUUAGACUUUAAGUCAUAUGGGAAAAGGACCCUUGUAGAUUCAGCCAUUGAUCUUGUUGGUGGAGAAAGGAAUUUUACUCCUCAUCAACAAAGUACUAAUAGUCCUAUGAGGGAGCAUAUGAGCUAUUUUUAUUCUAAACCUGAGGGAACAGUUAAUGAUUCAAAUGAAGAUCCAUCUCGAGUGAUGCAGAAAAUUAAUCAAACACAUGAUUAUAUUGAUUAUGGUAGAGCAAUUGUGUCUGAUCUUGGAGACUUUUCAAGACCAAAAGUUGCAAACUCCAGUUCGCUGAAAUUACAAAAUCCUGAGAACUUGUUUGCAAAUCAUAGUACUGGAAUAGCACUUAACCGUUAUAGUCUUAGAGAACAGAGAGUUUUAGAUUACCCUGAUAUAGGACUAACCUCAAAAACAAUAAACCAUGACUGUGAAUAUGCAAGUACUGGAUCCAUCCAUGUUGAAGUGGGAAGGAGAGUAACUCAAGAUUAUGAAGUUUCGGACAUCAACCCUUCUGAGUAUAGUAAAAAAUUGCAUGAAAGAUCAGAUUAUGGCUCUGAAAGAGAAGUAGGUUCACAUUAUUUGAAAGAGAGGUUGCAUAGAUCUUCCAUGUCUAAGUGUGAUGGAGAAACUUAUAGAAAUUCUGAAAGAGUGCAGAGAAUGACAGAGGGUGUUUCCGCUUAUAAGUUGAGGGAUCAGAUGCCAAAAAGAAAUUAUUUCGAGGAAGAUAUGAAUUUACUUGAUCAUAGAAUAAGUAUGCCAUGUGAAUACACACCCGACAAGGUUGUGGAUAUGUAUGAUAGUGGUGAAGCGUGGAUGGAUGAUGAUACCAGUCACAGAUAUACAUCCAGGAAAGCAGGAUUUGACCAUGGCAAAUACAGGAAGUCGAAUAAGAAAUACGAUCGUCAUAAUUUCCAUGCUUCUGAUGAUUCAUUUUCAUGUGAAAGGUAUUUAGACCAUGCACAGAAAUUCAAAAAUGGUCCUAAAUAUAUGAAGGGCAACAGAAGACAUGGUCCUUCAAGCUGGAUCAAGUCACAAAAUGUUGAUCUCAGAAAUAGUCUUCAUAGACCGCUUAAAAUUUGGAAAAAUACUGAAGAAGAUAACGAUUAUGUUCAUGUAAACGACGAUGGCCUGUCAGAUGAUUUCAUAAAACCUACAGAGUCUGAACCACCUGAGGAUUCUGAAGAGUUCAAACAAAUGGUUCAUGAGGCAUUUCUGAAGUGCUCCAAAAAGCUGAAUAUGAAGCCUACUGUCAGGAAAAAGUACAAGGAGCAAGGAAAUGCUGGUAGUUUAUAUUGCAUCGUAUGUGGCAUAAGCUCCUCAAAGGAAUUUUUGGAUACUAAACGCCUGGUAAAGCAUGCUUACAUGUCCCACAGGACUGGGUUGAGGGCUCAGCAUUUAGGUCUUGCCAAAGCCAUAUGCGUUUUGAUGGGGUGGAAUAGUGCCAUGCCCCAAGACACUGUAACAUGGGUUCCCGAGGUGUUGCCCAAGGAAGAAGCUGUGGUUCAGAAGGAAGAUCUUAUCAUCUGGCCUCCAGUUAUUAUCAUCCGCAACAUCUCUCUGUCGCACAGCAACCCCGAUAGGUGGAGAGUUGUAACGAUCGAAGCACUCGAGACUUUCUUAAGAAGUAAGAAUUUGCUGAAGGGGAGAGUGAAAAUAACUUUGGGGAGUCCUGCAGAUCAAAGUGUGAUGGUGUUGAAGUUCCUGGCCAUGUUUUCUGGUUUGACAGAUGCAGAAAGACUCCAUAAAUUCUUUUCUGAAAGGAGACAUGGAAGAGUGAAUUUCGAGGUGGCAAAGUGCAGAAAUGGGGGAGCAGAAAUGGAGGGAGACAAGACUGAAGAGAGAAUGCUUUAUGGAUACUUGGGAAUUUCAGAGGAUUUGGAUGAUGUAGAAUUCAAUGUAAGGAAGUUAAGUACCAUAAAGAGCAAAAAGGAAAUUUUGGAGUUGUAAAACGCUCUUUCUACAAAGCUAACAGCAGACAUGGAAUAAUGAAGUUCUUUUUACUCACAAA